AUGUUGCCGGUCUCCUUGGCGUUCUUCCUGUUCGAAGCUAUCGUCCUUGCAAGCAAUAAAGUACUGGAUUCACAGCAAAAGCUGCAUCGAGUAAAGCGAGAUUUUGAAGCUGACCCUUUCACUGAAAUCAUCGCAAACGAACCAGACCUGCCUCUUAACCAAGAACUGGAACCAAUCAUUUAUCCGGAGCUGCCAGGACUCCAGUUAUGGUGGUCAGCGUUGUCACCGCCACAAGUACCACAACUACCGCUGCUUCCAACGCCAUACGCUGUGUUUGAGGAGAUCCCGAUGAGUCACAUGAAUCCUUUGUUCUUUGACGAUAGAGAAUUUAAUAAUCCGUUUAGCAACACUCCUCACAGACCAUCAUUUCUACCCGCCUAUAGUUAUAAGUUAAGGCAGAAUUUCGAGCCGCAUCAACAAAGUCAACCACUCAUGGUGCCGCUGUUCGCGCCCCCGCGUCCUCUUGAUGCUGUAUCAUUUCCCGUGAUUGGUCUCUCCGCUGAAAUUGUACCGUACCGCGAAGCUAUACCAUUCCCGGCGGGAGCUACUGGACCAGUGCCACCAUUUGGGGAGGAACCAGUCGAUUUCAGGCCUGGUGGUUUGUUGAUGGAAAAGCGAUGGAUUCCUAUUGCACCUAUACUUGAAGUUCCACCGUACCAACUUGUCUUAACGCCCUGGAGUUCAAUGAGUCAUUAUGAGUCGGCACCAGCACUUGCAAAGGCAUUUGGAACAACCGUCAAAAGGUCACCUCAACCCCCACCACCACCGCCCCCACCGCCACCCCCACCACCUCCGCCACCUCCACCUCUUCCGCCACCUUCAGGAUAUUUUGGUUGGCUAUAG